AUGGAGGCAGUUUUGAGCAACACUACAUGCAGCAAGGGCCAUACCCAUCCCCCGUGGAAUACCAUCGGCAUUUUGCGCAUCGAAAAGUGUGAAUCGCACGUUGCUAUUCACAUAAAAAACGAACGGCUGAGCCUUACGAUUGCGGAAGGUUCGAGUGGCCGUGGUAGGCUGGAAAUGCCGCCAUCGUUUGACCGGGAAUCAUCUUCCUCCUCGUCGCGCGUCUCGCACCUAUCUGAUGAGAUGGAUCGUAAUUCAGCAUCGGCGAGGAGGGAGAGUACCAGUACACGCAGCCACAGAUUCUCCCAACCAUUGCAAGGAGAAUCGUAUUCCCCUCCCACAAUACAGAUGUCCAUGCACCAUCCCAAUUCUCAACCACAUACUGGAAGGACGGCGUACGUUUCAAACUCAAGCUCAGAUACCCCGUUCAUCCCAACUACGGACCCACAAUCCUUAGCCUCGACCCCCUUGCCAUCGUAUUCAUAUCACUACCCUCCUGCACUCAACGCCCCAAGCACGCCUUCGACGUCCUCCCUCACCACCAUUCCGCAAACGCAACCCUACUCUGCUGCACUCAAUGCCGCCUACCCUAAUCCCUCAUUACCCAAAGACCCCUUCCGUACCCUCCGACACCACAAAAUCCACACCAAAAUAGCAUGGACGGCCAUCCCAUCGACGGAAGGGAUGCGAAUCCUAGAUCUGUGCAAGUCUCUCUCAGUCGCCACUCCGGAGGGGUCGCCUUCGGGCUCCCAAGCUCGAACUCCAUGCUAUAACCGCGAGACGUUGUUCGACGAGGAAUGGCAAGCCCAUAUGAGGGAUGUGCAUGGAGUAUUCUUGCUCUGGCCUCACACGUGGAUGAGGAGGAUCGAGGUGUUGGAUUUGGAGCCGUAUGGUGGAGACAUUGGCGAAAUUAAUGACCUUAUAAUGGAUGGAUGA